CGUCCACCUAAUCCCCUGCGCUCCAGCGCUGUGUGUGUACUUGCCCGUAGGGGGCUGCCUGCCUGCUGCUGUACUGGUCUGGUUGCUCUGGAGACUCCACACUGGGCGUGUCCUAAUUCCCCCCUGGGAUCCGUUUCUUGUUUUCCAUCCGUCCCAGAGUUUUGGAAGGCGGCUGAAAGUUCACAGGCACUUCUGCGGCGUGCAACGCAGAGAGAGCGCAGAGUGAAGGGGGUUUGUCUGCACUGCAGAGGAACUCGGAGUGUUCACAGCUCAACUUCAGCCCCAGAAGAAAAGAAGGAGAAGCAGGAAUCUGUGUUUUGGAUGUUGCAACCCAUAAAUAGCUAGUAGAGGGAAUGGCUUUGUCUGCGGUGGGGCCAGCCCUGCACAAACUCUUUUAUUUUUUUCCGUUUUCCCCUGCAUGUGUGGGGAAAGUAGCGGAGCUUGUUGGAUGGUGAGGAACCCACUAGUCUGCGUGGGUCUGCAGUGUAAUGAACUCAAGGCUCGCAGGUGCCAAGGCUUUGCUUGCAACUCGUUUGAAGUCUCUCUUUUUUUUUUCAUGUCAAAGGUGAAGGAUUAUGCGUUGUGUUGGAAUUCCGCCCGGAAAAGAAAAGGAAUCAGUUUCAAAACGACCCGAUAGGGAAGGAAAAACCAAACCUGGAGACUUGAAGAAUCGUUCUUUGUGUUGAUCUGCGCUCCUCACGUCUGACUGAGUACACAAACCAGGGAGUGAAUGAGUGAAUGAAUGAAUGAAUGAAUGAAGUGCAAUGCUGCUGUUCAGCAGCCAGACAGUGGACGCUAUCAGCAGGGGUCAAUCUUUUGGCCAACAACAGCAACAACAACAGCAGCAGCAGCAGCAGCAGCAGCAGCAGGAACAAACCCCCGUGUACCGCCAACUCUCAGCUCUGGGAGAUGAGCUAGUGUCAGGGCUCGUCAUGGGCCGGGUCACCCGCACCCUCGUGGACGACUGCCAGCGUCUCCGGGGAGAGACACGCGCUGGAGCCAUGCCAGGGGACGAUGGCCCCGGGCCGGGGAGGGCAGGGCCCGACGCGGGCAGGUGGCCCUCCCUGGGACGCGCAGCCAGAGCCGCCAGGAGGCAGAGGGAGGAAGUGGUCAUGGAGGAAGACGAGGAGGAGGAGGAGCAGCAGGAGAAGAAGAAGGUGGAGGAAGAGGGCGGAAGAAUGAGGACGGACCGGUUUUGCCGCCAGCCCUCCGAGAACCCCACCGACUCCUCGUUCUCGCGCGCGGACGCCGAAGACGCCGCACUCGAGCCGGAGACCCAGGGAUCGCCCGGGGGGAGGCGCGCGGGCCGCGGCCCAGCGUCGAGCGCCGCGUCGGCCCGCGGGGAGGAGGAGGAGCGUUGGGCGGGCGGCGACGCCGGCGUGUUGUCGGGACACAGCUCCCUGCCGCGGGCCGUGCUAAGGCGGCCCCGCCCGGACCAGGCCCUCCCGGUGGCGGGGAGGAGAUCGCUGAGCAUGUACGGGGAGUUCUUCAGACCCAAGCGGGGCUCCCAGUCGACCGAGGACGACCCCCCGCGCCGGCCCCGGAGCGUCUGCACGCCGACGGGAGUGGCGACGCCGCCCUCGCCGGAGGCCGGACCCUCGCCGCCGGGAGGAGGAGGAGGAGGGGGCGUUGUCGCGGACGACGCCGGCCCGCCCCGGAGCAGGAGGGCCGAGCUGAGGGCCGUGGACGGCCUGAAGCCUCUCCUGCCCUGUUACCGGCCCCCGGACAAGGCCGCCGAGCCCGGGCCCCCUGGGGCCCCCCGAGGACGGAUCCGGAGGCCCCGGCCCGUCAGCAUGACGGUGCUGGAGCUGAAGAAGAAGAGCUGCGAGGACGAGCCGGGCCGCCGCGGCGAAGGCGCGGACGCAGACGCGGGAGGGUUCUUCCACUUCCGCUGGAGGCUAUUUGGCAAGGCACCACCGGCACCGCCGCCGCCGCCGCCGCCUGAGCCUCAGGACAACAGGGACAAGCAGCAGGACGACAGGGAGUCGAACCCGCCACACAGGUCUGACAAAAUGGAGGCACCGCCGAAGAAGACGCUGGGUUCACUGCGGCGGAGCCUCAGCCUGCGGAUCCGGAGGAGCGGACGCCCCCGGGAGGACGCCGGCCCGGGGGCGGGGGCGGGGGUGGAGACGUCCCGGCCCGCCCCGGGGCGGGACUCGAGCGUGCCCCCGCGACCUUUCUCGUACCUCACCGGAAGGACCCUGCCCCCCCGCCGGAACCAGGGGACGCAGGCGGUGGCGGCGGCGGCGGCGGCGGCGGCGGGGGGGACGCAGGUCAUCCAGUACCAGCGCCAGGGGAAGGUGAAGGUGAUGGAGGUGCCCCCCUUUUCCCCGGCCAGGCUGGGGUCCGGGUCUGUGGGGGGGGGGCCGGCUGCCCCGCAUGAGGAGGCCAGCAUAUGGCAGCUCAUAGCCAACCGCUUCAGGAGGAAGGAACAGCCGACCGCCACGGCCGGGGUCAGACCCCGUGAAGCCCAACGGCCCCGGGGCGGAGACACGGGCCGCCGCGCCCCCGGGGGGGACAGGAGUCAGCCGGUUACCAUAGCGAUGCUGGAAGGCGUAAACGCCGGCAAAGGUCAAGAUUCCUUCGUCAACAGCCAAGAAUGGACACUGAGUCGAUCAGUUCCAGAGCUGAAAGUGGGCAUUGUGGGUAAUCUGUCCAGCGGGAAGUCUGCUUUGGUCCAUCGCUACCUGACUGGCACAUACGUGCAGGAGGAAUCUCCCGAAGGUGGUCGAUUCAAGAAGGAAAUCGUGGUGGACGGACAGAGCUACCUCCUCCUGAUCAGAGACGAGGGAGGGCCUCCAGAAUUACAAUUCGCCGCCUGGGUGGAUGCGGUGGUGUUUGUCUUCAGCCUGGAGGACGAGAUCAGCUUCCAGACCGUCUACAACUACUUCCAGCGUCUGUCCAACUACAGGAACACGGCGGAAGUUCCCAUGGUGCUGGUGGGAACGCAAGAUGCCAUCAGCGCCGCCAACCCCCGCGUGAUCGACGACUCGCGGGCCAGGAAGCUGUCCAACGACCUCAAGCGUUCGACGUACUACGAGACCUGCUCCACCUACGGCCUCAACGUGGAGAGAGUCUUCCAGGACGUGGCCCAGAAGGUGGUGGCCCUGAGGAAAAAGCAGCAGCUGUCCAUCGGCCCCUGCAAGUCCCUGCCCAACUCCCCCAGCCACACGUCUGUCCCCUCGGCGUCCAUCCCUUCGGUCCACAUCAACCAGGCGGCCAACGGUGGCGGGGCCUUCGGCGACUACUCCUCCUCGGUGCCCUCCACCCCAAGCAUCAGCCAGCGGGAGAUGCGCAUCGAGACCAUCGCCGCCUCCAACACGCCCACGCCCGUCCGCAAGCAGUCCAAGCGCCGCUCCAACAUUUUCACAAGACACGAGCCCCACCUCCCCGUGCGCGUCGUCAUGGAGAUGCCGAAGCACGCCACCUACCCGGUGUGGUCGCUACAAAGCAACUUGUUCUACUUUCGUUCAUCUCUAAAAAUGCCCCUCUUUCUGUCUUGCCUCUGUCCUCCAGAGCAAGAGGACUCCUUUGAGUUUAUGAUCGUGUCGCUGACCGGCCAGACGUGGAACUUCGAGGCGUCCACCUUCGAGGAGCGGGAGCUCUGGGUGCAGGCCGUCGAGAGCCAGAUCUUCGCCAGCCUGCAGUCCUGCGAGAGCAUGAAGAACAAGUCUCGGCUGGGCAGUCAGAGCGACGCACAGACCAUCCAGUCCAUCAGGAACGUGAGGGGGAACAGCUUCUGUGUGGACUGUGACGCGCCCAACCCGGACUGGGCCAGUCUCAACCUGGGCGCCCUGAUCUGCAUCGCCUGCUCCGGGAUCCACCGUAACCUGGGCACCCACCUGUCGCGCGUGCGCUCCCUGGACCUGGACGACUGGCCGGUGGAGCUCAGCAUGGUGAUGACGGCCAUCGGCAACACCAUGGCCAACAGUGUGUGGGAGGGCGCCGUGGACGGCUACACCAAGCCCGGCCCCGACGGCACCAGGGAGGAGAAGGAGUGCUGGAUCCGGGCCAAGUACGACCAGAAGCUGUUCCUGACGGAGCCGCCGCUGUCGGACGUGCCCCUGGGCCAGCAGCUGCUGCGGGCCGUGGUGGAGGACGACCUGCGGCUGGUCGCCCUUCUUCUGGCGCACGGGAACAAGGAGGAGGUGAACGAGACGUACGGCGACGGGGACGGACGCACGGCCCUCCACCUCUCCUGCUCCAUGGCCAACGUGGUCGUCACGCAGCUGCUCAUCUGGUACGGCGUGGACGUGACGAGUCGUGACGCGCGGGGCCAGACGCCGCUGUCGUACGCGCGCCGCGCCGCCAGUCAGGAGUGCAGCGACAUCCUGCUGCAGCACGGCUGCCCCAACGACGCCGCCGCCGUCGCCCCGACGACCGACGCCGCCGACGCCGCCAACCGCAACCCCGGCGGCGCCAACCCCAACAUCAACAACAACAACGCGCAGUGCGAGCUCAACCGCAGCAUCAGCAUCAUGUAG